GUGUCCCCUUUCACGCCCAUUCACCGGAAAGGAGGACAGCAUAAAUAUCUGUGUUUCAGAAAGAGCAAACAGGAGAUGAGACGAGAGAGGAGGCAAGGAGGCAAGAUGACAUCCACCUACCCAAGUCUGAGGACAAUGUGGCUGGUUCUACUUUUGUAUCAUUUUUGCCUGAUUCUCCGGUGUCAAGCCCAGUCCAUGAUUGCAUGCCUCACCGAUCCUACAUUCAGGGAGCCAGUCCACGCUGACAUCAUGGUGAAGUGUGGAACAGAGAGAAUGGACCUCAGCAUACUGUUAUGUCCAGUCUAUUUUAGAGGGUACAACGAAUCACUUAUGGCCUUAAAUGCUCAGUACAGCAAGCCUGAGUGUCAUGGAACCCCUGACUGGACAGUCAGCCCACCUGUCUUGAGGUUUAAAUUGGCCAUAACUGAAGAUGCCAUUUCUGCCUGUUCUAACAAGCUGAGGAUCAUACAGGAAGUUGGCUCAGGCCUUUUCUCGGACUAUUCCAGCGUUCAAUUUGUUAACAUCUCCGGAAUCAUCAACUCCCUGGAUCCCAGCGCUGGCACCAUCACCUACCGACAAGAGAUGAUGUACAUCUUUUCCUGUCGGUAUCCACUCCAAUACCUCGUCAACAACACUCAAAUGAGUGUAUCUGGGGUGAGUGUUGCCAUCAAGGACAAUAACGGCAGCUUUGUUAGCACUCUCAGCAUGCGCCUAUAUGAGGAUAGUGCCUACUCAACAGCCCUUAUGGUCCCUGAAAAUGGACUGAAGCUGAAGAAACGUAUUUUUGUGGAAGUCAAGGCUUCAAACCUCACGGAAAGGUUUAAUGUACUUCUGGACCGCUGCUAUGCAACAACCAAUCCCUUUCCAUCCAACAGCACCUUCUAUGACCUGUUUGUGGGGUGCAACCGCGAUGGACAGACUGUUGUAGCAGUAAACGGUGACGCACAGAAGGCGCGCUUCUCCUUCGAGGCGUUCCGAUUUGUGGAGCACAAGGACCAAACGGUCUCCACCUUCUACUUGCACUGCGCCACCAGGCUCUGCGAGCAGUCCACAUGCAUCGCCUUACGGCCGAACUGUACAAGCGCCAGGAGGAAAAGAGCAGCGGAUGCGAACAAAGGAACUGCUGUGAGCGACAUGGCCACGGUCUCCUCGGGCCCAAUCAAAACCCAGGUGGACAGCGGCAACCUUGUCGCGUUAACUUCUGCAGCAGAGAGAGCACACGGCGUCAUCCGGGGCGUGGCCAUCGCCGCCGGGAUUGUGGGCGUGCUCUGCAUCACGCUGGUGCUCUUUAUCGUUUACCGGAUUUACUUAUCUAAAAGAAGGAAUGACGAGAAGAGGCUUUUCAACUAG